GCUUCUACUGAGCCGUGGAAUCGGCCAUUACUUCAAUAUUUCUCCCGCGAACAAAUACCUUCAAUCAACGAUGAGGAAACAAAAGAGUCUGCAAAAAUUGGGAUCGAAUGAAAUGGGACACUCGGUAUAUGAUCACGGUGGAGGUCCCGAAAGAAAGAGAGAGAGAGAGGAAAUAGUGAAGGAAAAAUUAGCGAGUCCUACGCUGGUGGGCUGUUUUGGGCGGACGACGGCUGUGCACAAAAACGGCGGCAGUCAAGUUCAAGGCCACCACCCCCUCCAGCAGGUCCAUGGCCGCCACCGACUACCCCCACCACCGACCACCACGUAUCCUCACGGUCUAUGUUUGUAUGAUGUCUGGCAAUACUACUGAAGGUAUGAUAUGCUACAACAGAACCAUGCCAAACAUUAAACAAGAAGUCGACAACCCCGCGACGCCUACGCAAAACUAUCAAGUUUGUUCACCGACCACUACGCUGCAAAAUCAGGAGGUAAUUUGCACAAAAAUGGACGUGCCGCCUGAUUAUGGCGGCGGUGGUGGUGGUGGUAGCACUGGUAACGGAAAUGGUGGGGGUGGUAGCGGAAGUCCAGGUAGCCCAGAGAUGCAUCACUGUUCUUCGACGACUCAACCUUUAGGAACUCCUGAGGAAGGCAUUAAAGAGGAAGACAUGAUGCCGAGGAGACUGUGUCUUGUUUGUGGAGACAUAGCAAGUGGAUUCCAUUACGGUGUUGCAUCUUGUGAGGCGUGCAAAGCUUUCUUUAAAAGGACCAUACAAGCGAGUAACUUUACAGGAAACAUUGAAUAUACUUGCCCGGCAAACGGAGAGUGUGAGAUAAAUAAACGUAGAAGAAAAGCUUGUCAAGCGUGCAGAUUUCAAAAGUGUCUUCGUCAGGGAAUGUUAAAGGAGGGUGUUAGAUUGGAUCGGGUUAGAGGUGGCAGGCAAAAAUACAGAAGGUCUACAGAUCCUUACAUCCCUGUGAAAACGGCAACACUGGAAGCGAGCGUAGCAUCCGGAGGAUCUGGAGAACAAAUAAAUAACAAGAUGGUCGAAGCUCUAGCUGCGUGCGAGCCCGAUAUUUUACAAGUAUCCAAUCUUUCUCAUACAUUGGAUACAGAUCAGAGGAUAUUGGGCCAAAUGGCGGAUCUUUAUGAUCGCGAAUUAGUCGGAACUAUCGGUUGGGCUAAGCAGAUACCAGGAUUCAGCAGUUUAGCUUUAAACGAUCAAAUGCGGCUUCUACAAAGUACAUGGGCGGAAAUCCUCACUUUCAGUUUAGCAUGGAGAAGUGUGCCUAAUAAUGGCAGAUUGUGGUUCGCUCAAGAUUUCAGCUUGGAUGAACGUCAGGCACGUGAAUGCCAUUGUAUAGAAUUAUAUACGCAUUGUAUCCAGAUCGUAGAAAGGAUUCAACGAUUGGGUUUGAUCAAAGAAGAAUACUAUGUACUGAAGGCAUUGAUUCUGGCGAAUAGCGACGCGAGAUCAGACGAACCUCAAGCGCUAUAUCGCUUUCGUGACGCAAUAUUAAAUUCCCUUUCGGACUGUGUAGCAGCUGUUAGGCCAGGACAGGCAUUACGUGCUACGCAAAACAUGUUCCUAAUACUGCCCAGUCUUAGGCAGGCCGAUGGAAUUGUAAGGAAAUUUUGGUCGAGUGUUUGUAGAACGGGCAAAGUGCCGAUGAACAAGCUUUUUGUAGAGAUGUUGGAAGCUGCCUAUUAUCGAUGAAACAACUAGAACCUGGUCGAAUCUUAUCAUUUAAAGAAAAACUUUUCUUCAAAGUUAUCAUUGAUUGUCGAUUAAGAAAAUAAUUACCAUUGUGCGGAAAUAACAGAGGUGUUAAACUUGCCUUUUCGAAACUAACGAGAAUGACAGUGAGUGAUAUAAGUGAAAAAAAAGAGAACAGUGCAGUUCUGAUAUAAUAUGUUAAUAUAUAUAUGUUCUAUAUAUAUUAACAUAUUUAUAAAUGUUUUUUUUUCUUUAUAACAGACUCGCAAACAAAAUGUUUCUUUAUUUUUUAAAGGUGAAGCGUGGAGUGAUUUCGACCAGUGUUUCCCAACGAUCAUCGAACCUUGCGUAUAGUAUUGAAAUACCAUACGCUUUCUUUGUUUAAAGUAACCAAACUUUCCUUUUCAAGUACCCCUUUUACAGGUAUAGGGAAAGGAAUGUGAUUUUCAGCAUAAAAAACGCGGAAAAUAAAAUGCGAAAAGCCUACGUUUAGAAGUAUCAUUAAAUAGGAUAGUAUAUAGUCUGUUGAUCGACAGAUCGCACUACCAAAUAAAUAUGUUUUUGUUUAUACAAUUGAUCAUUAUGAUCGUGACAUCGAGUCCAAUGAUCGUACAAGUCAGAUCGAAGUUUAUUAAUUGUGGUGUUUGAUAAACUGUGGGUGUUUGAUGUUACAUAUUCGCAAUAGAGACAGUUUGCUAAUCAUCUCAUGUUUGUAUCAAUCUGGAUCCAUAUGCAUCAUUUCUGGCAGUUAGUUAAUUUAGCAAAGAAGUACGUAUAGAAAAACGUAAGUAACGUUGAUAAUUUAAAAGAAAAGAAAAGUGAAAAAAAUUACAAAAUGACAAAAAAAAAGAGAA